AUGGCUCCCAGUCUGGCUGAAGCAGCACAACAGGCCGCUCCGCCCACCAUCAAAGGCGCUCUUGACACUUUCCUUGAACAUGGCGCGAAGAAAGCCCUCGCUACCGCAGAAGCCAGGUUCAUAGCCAACAACCUACGGUCCAAGCAGCUGCAUGAGCUUGCCGUCGGCGUUCUGCCAGGCGGCAACACCCGCAGCCUCCUCCACACGCCCCCCUUCCCCCUGAGCAUGAAGCAGGGCAAGGGCGGGUACGUCUGGGACGAGGACAGCCACAAGUACGUCGACUUUGUGGGCGAGCUGUCAGCCGGGCUGUACGGGCACUCGCACCCGGCGAUCCGGGCGGCGAUCGUGUCGACGCUCGACGACGUCGGACUCAGCCUGGGCUCGACGACAGCGCAAGAGCAGCGGUUCGCAGCGGCGCUGUGCGCGCGGUUCCACCUGGCGCGCGUGCGCAUGGCCAACUCGGGCACCGAGGCCAACCUGCACGCGCUGGCCGCCACGCGCCGCUUCACGGGCCGCCGCAAGGUCGCCGUGUUCGCCGGCGGCUACCACGGCGCCGUGCUGUCGUUUGGCGGCGACGGCGGCACGCCAGCGCCCAACACGGUCGAGCGCGGCGACUUUAUCGUCGUGGCGCCCUACAACGACAUCGCCGCCACGCGCGCCGCCAUCGCCGCCGCCGCGCCCGACCUCGCCGCCGUGCUCGUCGAGCCGAUCCAGGGCGCCGGCGGCUGCAUCCGCGGCACGCGCGACUUUUUGCGCGCCGUGCAGGACGCGGCGCGCGCCGCGGACGCCUUGUUCAUGCUCGACGAGGUCAUGACGUCGCGGCUGGCGCCGGGUGGGCUCGGCGCCACGCUGGGGCUCGACCACCCGCCCGACCUCGUCUCGCUGGGCAAGUACCUCGGGGGCGGGCUCGCGUUCGGCGCGUUCGGCGGCCGAGCUGACGUCAUGGCCGUGUACGACCCGCGGGACCCAAACGCGCUCGCGCACUCGGGCACCUUCAACAACAACACGCUGGCCAUGCACGCCGGGUACGCCGGGCUAGCCGACGUGUUCACGCCCGACGCGUGCGUGGCGUUCAACGCCAAGGGCGACGCGCUGCGGGUGCGGCUCGCUGUGGGUGCGGCUCGCUGCGGGGGCACGCGGCUGACCUUUACCGGGUGCGGCUCGCUUAUCGGGUUGUACUUCACGCAACGCGGCGUGGAUGUUGUCGCGAGCAGCGACGAUCUGGCGCGUGCGGGCCGGCGGACGGACCUGCGGGACUUGUUCUGGUUCGAGAUGCUCGAGGAGGGCUUCUGGAUCACGCGCAGGGGGUUCAUUGCGCUCAUCUUGGACACGCCCGACGACGAGCUCGACCGGUUCGUGGGCGCCGUGGCGGCGUUUCUGGAGCGGCAUCGCGAGAUUAUGGCUCUUUGA